CUUUCUUCCUUUCCAACCCCCUGCUUUUGCCUUCCCUUCCCUUCACCACCAACAAAGAAAGUUUCAAGCUUUGACCUUCUCCAAUGGAGGCAAAGCUCCUGAAGGCCAGUUCCCCCAUUCUUCCCAAUCCCCAGUGCCUCAUCAAGCCCCAAAGACCCUCCUUGUGCCCUCCUUUGACCCUCACUACCUCAUCACCAUGGAAAAACCCCACCUUGGGACUCUCCCUCUCAUUCUCACCUCAAAGGAUGCUUGUUCAAGUCCGAAGUUCCUUUGGUUCUUCAGCUAGAUUGGAGGAACGAAUUGACGAGAGUGAUAGCCUGACUCUCGAUGCUAUCCGACACUCUUUGAUUCGGCAAGAAGAUAGCAUAAUAUUUAGCUUAGUCGAAAGAGCACAUUAUUGCUACAAUGCUGAUGCAUAUCACAGCAAUGUGGUGUGCAUGGAAGGAUUUCAAGGUUCUCUAAUUGAGUACAUGCUUCGUGAAACUGAAAAACUGCAUGCUCAGGUUGGUCGAUACAAUAGUCCUGAUGAGCAUCCUUUUUUCCCUGAAGAUUUACCUGAACCCAAGUUACCCCCUAUGCGAUACCCAAAGGUUUUGCAUCCAAUUGCUGAUUCGAUCAACAUAAACAAGAAGAUCUGGGACAUGUAUUUCAACAACUUGCUUCCAAGGCUGGUUAAAAAAGGCGAUGAUGGGAACUAUGGCUCGACUGCUGUUUGUGAUACAAUAGUUCUUCAGGCACUAUCUAAGCGAAUCCAUUACGGCAAAUUUGUCGCAGAGGCGAAAUUCCGUGAAAAUCCUUCGGCCUACGAAACUGCCAUCAAAUCUCAAGAUCCUGACCUGCUCAUGAAGAUGUUAACAUAUGAAUCAGUGGAAACCGCAAUCAAACAGCGGGUAGAAACCAAAGCCAAAGUUUUCGGCCAGGAAGUCGUGAUAACUGAGAACGGAAACGGUGUGCCGCCGGUUUACAAAAUCAAACCUGACAUCGUUGCCGAGCUCUAUGGUGACUGGAUAAUGCCAUUAACCAAGCAAGUUCAAGUACAGUACCUACUGAGGAGGUUGGACUGAGAGAGUUCAUUCAUAUAGCAAGUUUCUUGGCUCCCUAAUAUGAAAAGAAUAGAUAAAAGAUCAGGAUAUAUAUAUAUAUAUAGAAAGGGAGGCAAAGAUAUAAAGAAAACAAUUGAAAUUUGUGACUGUGUGCCUGUGAAUCCUGCAUUGAAAUAAAAUUGGAAUUUGCAUUGA